AGAGAUGUUCUGGCUUUCAUCAGUCACAUCUCGCUGUGGGAGGGGGAUUGAAGCGGCUGCCUCGGAGCUCUCCGGUAACAGAGACAGUAGACGACACUGACUCACACAGCCGAUCCACACACAGCACAUUUUAGACUCUACUCCUGACCUGCAACCUGACAAGCCGACAGGAGGAAGACGAUGAAGACAUAAAGGAACUUUCCUCCGGGUUUUUUUUUCGUCUGUUUUCAAUCCGCUCCUGACAGCAUAUUUCUCUUUACAAUCGGGCAUGAAAUAAAGUCAGAAUGAAUGUCAUUGAUUCAUAAACAGCAGAUGGCGGCGAGUUGAUAUAUCACUAAAACACAUCAGAGUGUGUUGGGACAAGGUGUUUUCCCCACGCCUCUUAUCAAAAAACAAAACAAAAAAACUGCGGACAAGACAACUUCGUUUGUACCAGUGGUGGACCUUCUAUUUUCAUCUUUAAUUUUGUCAGGUAUCAUCCGAACCCCUCCUCCUCCUCCUCCUUCACCACAACUACCACCACCACCUCCUCCUCCUCCUUCACCACCUCCUCCUCCUCCUCCAACCGUCUUCAACAACAGCCACCGAGGAGACAAGACUACAGCCUGCCUGCCAGCGGUCAAAGGGAAUCAAAAUUUAGUCACAAUUUAGUCAACAGCGGCUCAGUAUUGGACUCUCACAAGGAUGCUACUCCAGCACUGACACUACUAGACGAUCCAAACAGCCGCUGCCAAUAUGUUUAGGCGAGGUUACGGUGGGGUGGAGUUACUGUUGGUGCUGUGUGGCCUAGAUCUCUCUCUGCCUUGCCCUCGCCACUGCAUCUGCUACACUUCACCCAGCACCGUCUCCUGCCAGGCCCACAACUUCCAUGCCGUGCCCGAGGGCAUCCCCGCCCAGAGUGAGCGCGUCUUCCUGCAGAACAACAAGAUCCAGCGGCUGCUCCGCGGCCACUUCUCGCCCACCACCACCAUGUUGUGGCUUUACUCCAACAACAUCUCCUACAUACAACCGUCUACCUUCCACGGCUUCGACCGCCUGGAGGAGCUCGACCUUGGAGACAACCGGCACCUGAAGGCCAUCGCCUCAGACACCUUCAUGGGCCUGGGUCGGCUACACGCCCUGCACCUAUACCACUGUGGCCUGAUCAGCCUGCCGCCAGGGAUCUUUUCGGGCCUCCAUAAUCUCCAGUAUCUCUACCUACAGGACAACCAGCUAGAGUUCCUGGAGGAUGAUCUGUUCAUCGACCUGCUGAACCUCAGUCAUCUCUUCCUGCACGGCAAUCGACUCUGGAGCCUUCGCCAGAACACCUUCCGUGGUCUGGGGGUCUUAGACCGCCUGCUUCUCCACCAGAACCGAAUCCAAUGGGUUGACCGCCAGGCUUUCCAUGACCUGCGGCGCCUCACCACCCUAUACCUGUUUAAUAACUCUCUGACUGAGCUAUCUGGUGCCAGCCUAACUCUACUGCCGGCCCUGGAGUACCUACGACUUAACGACAACCCCUGGGAGUGUGACUGCAAGGCCCUGUCACUUUGGGAUUGGCUGCGGAGGUUCAGGGGCUCCACCUCCUCUCUAAUGUGUGUGUCACCACCUGAGCUGGCGGGGAAGGACCUGAAAACGCUGAAGAAGGAGGAGCUGCCCAGUUGCUUGUCAGGCGAGGGUCAUGCACGUGGUACCCCGGGCAGGGAGACUGAGCAUGGAGAGUCUUUGAAUCACCUAAAUCGCCACAGAAACCAUCAUAACCACCAUCAGCGGCCAUACUUGCCCCACGGGGACCAGUACAGCUUGCCGUCACCCUCGCCCCUGCCGCGGCCACCUAGGAGCCGCAAAAACUGUACCCGCCAGGGCCGCAAGGCAAAAGGGGAGCUCAAUGAGGUGCAGGUACUACGGGAGGGGGGUAAGAAAGACUAUACUCCUGAUGGAGAAAAAUAUGACCUGUCUGUAACUGGGAGGAGGAAGCACAAGUGCAACCCCAGAACUUCUGUCGGCCCACCAAGUGGGGUCCAGAGAGCUAAUAAUAAAGCAGGGUCACACCUUGCAAAUUAUAUUUUCUGUUUCUCAUCAGCCCUGCUGCUGUCACUCAUCUCCGCGAUCCCACGCUGAGAAUGGAAAUGGGCGCGUUUGUGUUGGUGAUGCAACUCUAUGAUUCAUUCUCCUGAAACACCCAGCCCUGGCUCUUUAAAUGAGGCAUGUGUGCAUUACUGUGUGUGUACAUGACUGUGUAUAAAGAACAUUAUCAAAUAUCUACUAUCGAAGUAUCCCUGAGGUGUUAAGGCAGGGAUCUUUUUGAGUCAUAAUCUAAACAUGGAAGUCAGGGAAAAACUAUUUAGCCCAUCGCUUUGAUGAUGUCACCAAGGGAAACAACAGGAAAACUUUGCAUUUGUCUCUGUGGCAUCAGUUGCUUCACUGAAUUUGUUGAAAUGUACCUAUACAAAACUGUACAGCCACACAAAAUAACAAGCCAAUGACUCAUUCAAAUAAUUGCGAGAAGAACACACAAUGAGGAUCAAAACAGUUCAAGGCUCAGUCUCUGUGUUUAGCCCUCUUGAUACAACAGUGCUCUCUCAGCAUGAGUGACAGAUGGAGGGUGCACUGACACAAAGACACAUUCAUUCAUAACUGUCACACUGCUCACUCAACAGCACCUUAAGAUUCAGAAACAAAAUCCUGAAGGCACAAGUGGCAGUAAAAUGAGUCAUUUUGAAGAAUUUCAGCAGUAAUAACUAUAAUUACUAUACUGUAUGUCUACUAAUAGUGUUUUUUUUGUUUUUUUUUUUAAAGUGGUUUUACCUCUAUGUCUCACAGCAGAGUUUACCCACUUUAAUGCAAAUCUGUAUUCUCUGUUUUUAGUCUAUACUCUUAAAAAAAACACCACUGGAGUCAUGACACAUCUAUAUACCAACUCUUAAAAUUAUUCAUGUUAAAAGGUGUCCUUUGUUCUUGCCCUUGCAUCCCAUCAACUUAAAAGCCAUUCAGAACCAACCAAUCAUUAUAUGAGCCAACCUGUCACAGUCAGUGUAAAUGAGCGAGUGGGUGAGCAAGUGAAGAUUUUCGUGUCACUGUUCGUAUGAGUGUGCGUCCACUAAAGAAACCACUAAAGCCAUGCGGGUAGAAUGAAGCUAGAUAGCAAGAGUGCCUAAUGAGAGCCAGCGGCCAAUGAGGACAAACUGUGGAGGUAAGAGACAGU